GUAUGUGCUCUGGCUAUGAGUGACGUUGCAUGUGAUGGAACUUUGCCACUUGUAAUUAUGACGAAAAAGAGAAAUUUGGGUUUAUAUGGGAUUCUGAGAGAAAUUGUGUUUGGGGAAUAUGAAAGUGGAAGGCUGUAAUGCAAAAGGAAUUCACUUUCUAGGGUUUUUACUUUUACGAAAUAACCAAACGCAAAAGAAAGAGGAAAAAAAAAAAAAAAAAAAAAGGAAAAGGAAAUAAUGGCGGGGGCUUCAUCUUCUUCUAAAGGCAUUGAGUUUUUUAAAGUUUUUCUUCCCUCUAGCAGUUCUAAUCAUAUGUCCAUACCACCAGCUUUUGUGAAUAAGCUCAAAGCAGGAUUACCAGGAAAGGCCAUUCUGAAAGAUUUCAGUGGAAGGUCUUGGCAUGUCGGGUUGGAAAUAAUUGAGAGGCACUUGCAUUUUACGAGUGGUUGGGAAAAAUUUGCUAGUGAUCAUUUUCUUGAACAUGGGGACUUUCUAAUAUUCAAAUAUGAUGGGAAUUCUUUGUUCAACGUUAAGAUUUUCGGUCUAAAUGGGUGUAAGAAGGAGGUUGUAAAUAAUGAGGGGAUUAAACGUGGACAAGUGAAAGACAAAGAAGAAGAAGAACAAAAGAAGAAAGAAGAUAACAAAGAUGCUCAAACAGAUAACAGUUUGGCUGAAAAAGAGAAAUCAGGUCCAUCCGAUGAACAGAACGGAAGUAAAAAAAGAAAACGUGCUACAACAAAACUGGAAGAAAACGAGAUCCAAGAUACCGCAGAGUGCGUUCAACCAAAGAAUCCUCGCUUUGUUGUGAAUAUUACCAAGUACUAUCGAUACUUUUUGCAUGUUCCUGGUUCAUUUCUUAAUGAACAUCGCAUCAAAUUAAUGCAUGACUUGAUUCUUCACCAUCAGAAUGACAAGUGGCCAGUGAAAGUUGUCAUAAGGAAUGACGGCCGUCAUGCUAUAACUACCGGUUGGAUUGAUUUUGUGAGGAAGAACGAGAUUGAAGCAAAGGACAAGUGUGUAUUUGAUGCUGUCCUUGGCACAAGUAACACAUGCGAACAAAUGCAUGUGCAAGUUAUCCGUGCAAAACCAAGAGUUAAAUAAAACUUAAAGAGGAAGACAUGAUUUUCCGAACCCUGCCCCCCAUAAUGGAAAGACAAGUGCUGAACGUGCUUAAUUUUGAGAUGCUCUGGUUUAGUACCCCCAGCAUGGCAAGGAACAAGAAGAUGAGAGAGCAAAUCUUUUUGCAAAUCCCUUUUUUUUGGUUCUUUUUUUGUCUUUUUGUUACCACGAAGAGAAUUUGGUAACUUGGCUCUUAAGUCUCAACUAAAGUUCCUUUGAUGUGACAUAUCCUUGUCUUUUGUAUGGGAUUAUGACGUUGAUUUUUUUUUUUUUUUUUUUUGUCAUACUUGGUGUGGAUUUUUUUCUCAAUAAUGUUUUUUCGUUUUUAUGUUUUCUUUUGUUCAUUUAAAUGCCACUUGCAUGUUAAUCUUCUCAAUCUUUAAUAUCAUAUUUAAAUGGAGAAAACAACCCUAAAUUUGGUUCGUUUCAUAGAAGAUAAAAAGGCUAAUUAAGGCAAAGAAGAAGAAGAGAAGAAGAAAAAAGAGGGUAUUGUUGUUGUUAUUGUUGGUAUUCUGGGUGUGUUUCUAUUUUUGUGGUUUUUAGUUUAAUGUGUGGAAGCAGAAUGGGCUCUGUUGCAUAUAUAUAUAUAUAUAUAUAUAUGGGAAAGAACAAAAUAAUAAUAAUAAGAAGAAGAAGAAGAAGAAGAAGAAGAGGAAUUGGGAAUGAGAACAAAGUCGGUAAAAAUUAAAAAAAUAAUAAUAAUAGAGAAAAAAAGAAAAAAAAAAAACUAUAUAUGUGUGUGUGUAUGUAAAGAGAAAAAAAAUAAAAAUGGUGCGAGAAACUGAUAGGACAGAAAGAGAGCUAAAGGUCAAGGAUGUGAGACCUCAGAGUGUACCUCAGUGGAAGCCAGCCUCCAUUGAUGGAUGAUAAACAAGUGGUGAAUGGGCUUCCUUUCCCCUUACUGCUUAAUUUU